GUCUUUAAUGUUAAAAGUUUAUAAAAACCAAGUUCCUAACAUAAAUCCUUAAUUUAACACAUAAAAUGCAGUCUCAUCAAAGUUCAUUUGGUCAAGAAACAGGGAAUAAAAAUUAUGGUCAUCGUCGUUUACCUACUGUUGGCAAAGCUAUGCCUGUCACAUCACUCCUAUUAAAUUUUCCACCUAUUCCACCAAGGCAUACGCGUAGCGAACGUUUAACGCCAGAACAGGAGGAACGUCCACCAGUUUUUUUUCCUGUUAAUGAAAGAAAAUCACUUUCACUUUCACCAACCAUCUCAAAGAAAUCAAAAUCAACUGAUUCUGAUGACGAUAUUAAUCUAGAUCAAGAAUAUGAGUUAUUAGUAUCUGAUUGUAGCAGCACUACAGAUGGUGAUGACAAUCAAGAUCCCAAAGACACUGAAGAUACCGUUUCACUAAUUGGCAAUUCCAUUUUCUAUAGACCUUGUUUGACGUGCACAAAUACUGCACCACCAGACUUAGCUAUGCGUCCAAGUGCAAUCAAUGAAAUGUGCCGCAGACUGUGCACUGAUGAAUGCCGUUUGCGUUUAAGUUUAGCUGGUUUUGAAGAUCCAAUGAUAAAGAUAAAAGCAAUGCAGUCAAAAGAAGCACUAACUACUUAUCUAAACGAUACAAUGGAAUUUGCUAAGAGCGACAAUGUUGGUUUGUCAAAAUCAAUGACACAAAUACCACAAGCGCCCACAGGUAUAGCCAUACAAAGAAAACAAUUUCUAACUAAAAUUUUGCAACCAAAUGCUAUUGCCACAGAUGCAGAUAGUAUUUCCUCCUCAGACAGUGAGGCCGAGGAAUCAAACACAACCAGUGAACUGUUUAAGAUAAUUGCUAACCUAGUUACCACGAAAACAUCAACUUCAAAUUCAAAGUUGCCACUCAGUCCAGAGCACGAAGAAACUACUUCGAUUGAGGUUGCAUGUGGAAAAGCUAAUAAUUUAAUCGAUCCACAUGAAAUUGUUAUGCUCAAGGAUUUUAGUGAGAAAUUCGAAAUUGCGGAAGCGUUGGCAAAAACCUCAGCAAUGACCUCGACGUCGCAAAUGAAACAACGUCUGGCUGCGCGUAAACUGGAAAUUGAGUUGGAGAACACGAACACACCGAAAACAAGUCAGGGAACCGUCAAAAUACCCGCGUCAGUGUCAGUAGACAACAAAGCUGUAGACGUGCGUAUGGCACAAGGUGUGGUCAACAUGUCUACCGCUGACACUAUAACCACCAAUGCGUUAGCAACAAUGGAUCCAUUAACAGCUUAUAGCAGUAAUGCAGGCAAUGGAGAGAACGUUGCAGACACAGUGGCAACAAUAAAACAAACAAUGCAAGACGGAAGUGAAUAUGAGCCGCCGAGGGAAGUACUUAUGUUUCUUGUGAGAAUGGGCUCAUUCAAUGCGGCGCCAAAAAUAAAUAACAUAGACUCUCAGGAUGACGGACUCGAAAUACCCAAAGGUCUAACCACAAAUGAUCUGCUACAAUAUGUGAAACAUUUACGUGGUGAAAAUCAACACCAAUUGCUUUCCAGAUAUUUCCUAAAACCAUCGCUGACAGUGAUGUCCAAUGAUAUUACUGACGGUUUCAGUUGCUUAAAAUUAAAUUCAGUCUCCAGAGUUUGCAGUGCUCCCAUAUCAUCGCCAAAUCAUAUACGUCUGUUCCAGUGGAAUAUAUUAUCACAAUCACUUGGUCAGAAUAACGAUGGCUUUGUUUGUUGUCCGGAUGAUGCCUUAACUUGGGAUCAUCGCAAAUUUCUCAUCAUACAGGAGAUUCUACAAAAUAAUCCGGAUAUAAUUUGUCUACAAGAGGUUGAUCAUUUUAAGUUCCUGCAAAAUAUUUUGGGCACACAAAACUAUGAAGGCAUUUUCUAUCCCAAACCCGAUUCACCUUGUCUGUAUAUCGAAGAGAACAAUGGACCAGAUGGUUGUGCUAUAUUCUACAACCGUGAUAAAUUCGAUUUGGUUAAUUUUGAUACUCGUAUUCUGGAAGUUUGGCGUGUGCAAAGCAAUCAAGUAGCCAUCGCUGCUAAUCUAUCUAUCAAGGCAACGGGCAUGGAGGUUUGUGUUUGCACCACUCAUCUGAAAGCACGGCAUGGUUCAUUGCUAGCGAAGCUACGCAACGAACAGGGACGGGACUUGUUGCGCUUCGCAAAACAAUUUGCCGAUGAACGACCAGUGUUGCUAUGCGGUGACUUUAAUGCGGAACCAAUUGAACCAGUUUACUCAACAAUGUUGAACUCAGAUCACCUUAAUUUAUCAAGCGCAUAUGCGGAUAUCAAAAUUGAAGCUGAAAAUUUUACAAAUGACCAAAAUGAGGCAGUAGAUAUAUAUGAUAAAGUACAAAAUUCCAUGCAACAUGAACCACCAUACACUACCUGGAAAAUACGCGAGGAUGGCGAGGAAUGCCAUACCAUUGACUAUGUCUUUUAUUCAAAGGAUAAAUUUAAAGUUAAAAACUGCUUGGAAUUUCCACAAGGUGAAGAAAUUGGCAAGAAUCGCACGCCCUGCUAUCAGUAUCCAUCAGAUCACUUCUCUUUGAUAUGUGAUUUUGAAUUUCUUAAUAACGAAGAGCUUAAAAAUAAAAUACAGUGAGAUUUUACAGGGUUGUAGGGAGUAGUUGCACAAUUCUAUUGUAAUUCCGCUGGUAUUCACAGAUUCAAUUUAUAAAUUGUGAUAUUAGUUGUUAGCUAUAUUUUUAGAUUUUUAGUUUUGACGAUUUUUUAAUACAGGAACACAAAAUAAACUUUAUAAAAACUAUUUUGACUUAUUAUAAUAAAGAAAC